CAUGAUGAAGGCGGCUACGACAGGGUUUUGACGCCCAAGACUGGGAGUGGUGCGAGACACAAGACGUCGGCGCCGAUGACAACGAUUUGGAAGUGGCAGCUAGUACAUACCAAGCUGCUACCAACCCACACAUAGCAAGGCUGGUCACUUGCUGUGUGGCCAGGUACACCUGCCACGUCCUGCCAUGAUAGGGACUAUUAACUCACAGCAUAUCCAGUCAUCGGCGAUAUAUACAGCUUCUGAACCCAUUUAAUCCAACCCUUGCCACGGACAGAUAUCUCUUGCUUCCAACACGCUAGCCAUGGGUGUCCAAUUCGACUUCAGGAUGAUGGCCUUCGUAGCCGUCGCGUCUGCUCUGUCAGCACUUGCCGUCGGUGGUGUGCUGAUUUACAUUGCUUAUAGCGCCAUCACCAUCAAGCCAAAUGCCUCGCGGAGGUGGUCCACCGACUCCCCCAUACACUAUUAUUUCCUCAAUUUGAUGAUUUCCGACCUUUUCCUGGCUAUAGGUGGAUUUCUUGAUAUCAAGUGGGUCAUAGAAACGAGGGUGUACUUCGAUGCCGCUUGUACAGUUCAAGGUUUCUUCAUGCAGGUGGGUGAUGUUGGGGUUGCUCUCAGUACAAUGGCCAUUGCCUUGCAUAUACUGCAAGUAUUGGUGCUGAACUGGAGGUCUCCACCAAAAUAUGCGCUCUUUGUACUGGCAAUAAUUUGGGUAGUCAUCGUUAUUCUGGUGGUCGCGCCGAACGUGAUUCAACAUAACAUUAACGGUCCCACCGGCCACUGGUGCUGGAUCGAGAGGGGUAUCAUGGAACAAAUUGGCCUCGAUUAUAUAUGGAUGUGGCUGGCUGCUAUAUUAAACAUUAUCUCAUACCUGUUCCUCAUACUUGUCAUCAAGCGACUCGUUAUCAUGGAUGGUAACAGGUUCCGCUGGAGAGGACGGCAGGAGAGAGGAAUCCCAUAUGGAGCGGGGACAUCCAUAGAGAGUGUGAGAGCAAAUCAAAUGAUCUUUUACCCCUUGGUAUACAUCAUACUCGUGUUGCCUAUAUCAGCAGCUCGGUUUUCCAAAUUCAUGGGCCAUGACGUUCCGUUUCCAGUGACAGGUUUCGCGGCCACAUUAUACGCAUCAUCAGGCCUGAUCAACACGAUCUUGUAUACUCUUACUCGACCGAAGUUGAUGCCACGUAGGCCUUCGCAGACUCCGAAAUCAGUGUGUGUUACUAUCGGACGGCUUGCGACGCACGAUCGCUUUCCAGAGGGUUACAUGGUGGAGGACGGGAGCACGGUGACCGCUUCGGUCUAGGUUUCCUGACACGUGGUCGGUUUUUUUCUCUCCCUUUCUCGUCCGUUAGCUGGUUGCUACGCAUUUAUUCUCGGUGGACCUAAAAGUCUUCCGAGGUGUAUUUGUAUGCUUUUCAAUUUCUUUUGGGUC